AAAGUGAGUUUAUUUUCGUCUAGCAGAGCCUGAGACAGACAGCGUGUGAGGGAGUCGUGGGUAGGGAUUAUCCGAGGAAAGAUAAAAUAAUAUAUAUACUACUGCAGACAAAAAUCCGCUUUAUCCACCUUAUCAGGCACCAUGCAUCAGAUGUGGCUGUUCUCUAUGGCGCAGUGUGUGCUGUCGGUGUCCGUGAUCGCCUUGAAUGUUAGGCUGUGUAUGCGUUUGGAUUCGGGUAGCCAUUUAAAGAGUGUUUCCUCCUGUCUAAAGCUGUGUUUGGGCUGGGUGGGAGCUAUCGGGGGUGCCAUGGACAUUCCAGUCAACAUGUUGCUGAACAUGAGGAGCACUCAGUGCCUGUACACGUGCAUGAUGCUGGUGUGCUUCCCCCUGCUGGUCAGACAGUUCACCGUGUGGCUGCUGCUGCUUCUCGUCCUCAACACGCACCUACAUUGCCGAUUAGGACACAGGUAUGCAGGCUUGGUAACACGUCGGCGAAUGCUGUGUCUGGUGCUCCUCAGCUGGCUUUGCUCUGUUGUAACUGCCUUCGCACAGUUCAUUGUGUGCAACUCAGUGGACACUUGGGGAACGGCCGGGCUGGGAUUCAUCUGGCCCAACCAGACUACCCAUAAGCCACACCCGCAAGCCCCAUCAGUGAUUGGCGAGUACCUUCCUUAUGGCGGAUUCCUGUCCAAGUUCCUGGUGGAGGACAUGAAAAACUUCACCUACGCAGAGAUUCACAGCAGCCACUGGGGCGUCUGUGCUCAUGACACUGUCCUUAACCCAGCCUUUUUGGUCUAUGUCUAUGAUGUUGCUGUUUAUUACAUUCCCCUACUUAUUCUGCUGGGUGUAUAUGUAGAUCUUAGCUGUGUGAUGUCACGACAGACUGUGAUAAGUCUCUCUGAGCUCCAGAUGAAAACCUCAGGCUGGUCUCGCUCUCUGGUUCUGUCCUUGUGUCUCCUGGUUCUCCUGUACCUACCUAUACACACCAUCCAUGCUUUGCAUCUCUUUGCCCCCAGCAGCCAAUGGCCUCUUUGGGCAAAUUAUGUGGCCUCUAUCCUUUUCCAGACUUAUGGUUUGGUUCCUCCCGUCCUUUUCAGUUCUUCUCCUCAAAAAGUGACUACAGGUAGUGAAUCUCUGGCUCUAAAAACAGCUACCUCACGGCUGAAGUCUAUUUCCCCGACACCCUUGGAGUUCUGUUUGCCUAAGCCAAUGCCAAAAGGCAAAACAUGACAAGAGGUGUGAUACCAUGAUGAUGAUUUUCACAAAACCCAAAAUCCAAAUCCUGAUCCUAACCAAUUAUACAAUUUUCAAUACUCCGAUUUUAAAUUUCACCCGAGUGACCAUGAUGACUGCUCCAUGAAAAUGAUGUAAGCUUUUCUUUCCAUCGUUUCUGAAUAAUUAUGAUUUCUGCCAGCUAGCUGUAAUCCUCAAAUUAAUAUUCCUCUGACAACCACCUCAAAUAACAGUAAUGGUGCUGUCCUAAUCGAAUGCCACAGAAGGAUUAACUGGCUACAUGUACUAUAGCCCAGUGAUGAAGACUGAUCUGAGCAUGUUUAAUUAAACCAAGAGUAAUAAUAACAUCUACGAUCGGGGCUGUAAUAAUUGUAUUCAGACAUAAUUGACCACAGAUUUCAUUGCUAUUUGAUUAAAUGUGUCUUUCUUGUGUGUAGCUUGAAUAAAAUGCAUA